AUGUUAGAACUAUCAAUACCCGACGACUACACGGCAGUGGUUGGGCUCACGCGACUAUGGGGCUCAUUGAAUGAUUUGCCGGCAGACGGAACUGGAAUCUUCAUACUCUUAAAGCAGGCAAAUAAUUUGAUGGGGAAACAGCUACCACCAGUAUUGCGAGACAGUGUACUAGGGUUACAAUUGAGUUACUUUGGCGAUUAUCCCGAUCCUUCUGAUUUGGUUCCCUCUAUAAUAUUUGCCAUUGCAUUCUUUAUAUUUCUCUGUGCCCACAUGUUUAUUUACAUAAUGAAUUAUUCUCGUGGUCAUUAUUUCAAUAUUUCAUUAUGUGCAGCCUUUUACUGUCUUGUCAGAACCUUGGCGUUUUCCCUUAGAGCUGCCUGGUCACAGGAUAUUACAAAGGGGCGAAUCGGUGUAGCUGGUGAGGUUUUCUUAAUCUUGGCUCCAGUUAUUCCUGUUUCCUUCAAUUUGAUUUUAGCUCAACGAAUUUUUGCUUGGAGGCAUCCUGUUAAGGGAUCCAGUAAAUUGUUUUGGUAUGGUACAUUUUUGUUGUUUGGACUUGUGUUGGUGUUUAUCGCUACGAACAUUGUUGCAGGUGCAGUUCCAGUGAUGUACUUUUUGAGUGAAGUGGUCCGUAAGCGCUAUAUUAUCUGCCUCCAGGCUUCUUCCAUUUUAAUUAUUAUUAAUUCCUUGAGAGCCGCUAGUUUACUUCUACUGACGUUUAUCAUUAGACCAAACGAAAAAGAGAAACAUCUCUAUACUUAUCAGCCAUGGUGGAUUGAAAGUUUUGGAAUCUUCUAUUACGUUAAAUCUGGAGAAGCUCAAAAGGCAGCGGCAACAUUUCUGAGGAGAAACUCUAAUCAUAGGCACGCCAUCAGAGUCAUUGCUGCCACUCACCAUAAUUAUAGUAUGGUUGAAGGGCUAUCAAAUCAAAGAGGUGAUUUGAAACACAAUCAUUCAAUGCUCAUAAUUCUUAUAUCGACUGUUUUGUUAGUAGCUGGUGCCAUAUUAAGAUGUAUUGUUAUGUUCCAAGCACGGAUACAAAAGGACACUUCCAGUUUAGGCAAACCAAUCGCUAUGUAUAUUUGUUAUGGGCUACUUGAAGUUUUUAAUAAUAUUUUGUAUUUGGUGGGAAGAAUAGACCUCAGAUUUUACAAACCAGACAGACUACCGAAUGAUAUCAAAUACAUGGUUUCUGUUCAACCAACUGCGAAUCAAUCUGAUGUUGAAGUUGAAUAUUUUGACAUUUCAGGGGAAAGAACACCUAUUGACAAUGUCUCUUCCUUUGCCACAGAGAAGGAAAUGACGGACGACGAUGACAACGAAUUCAGAUUCUGA